GUCGCAUUGACUCGUUCUCAAUUUAACCCGCUUGACAUAACGGUGAUUAAGGAAAAGAGAGAAGGGGUGUUUCUGGAUUUAGAAUUCACACUUGGAAGGCCGAGCUGGCAAAUGGAUGCAGCCAUCUACUCGGCUGAAUCUUCAAACCACAAUGAGUUGACUCUUCUCAAGUGCUAAUCAUGUCAAAGGAUGAGGAGGAGAAGAACAAGAAGAAAAGUUAACCUGAUUGUGCACUAAUUAACACAGAAGAGAUUAGAAUUAGAACUACCCAUCCUAAUCCGUCC